AUGCCUGGAUUCUUGGUGCCACUUUCGACGAGAGAAGCCUUCCAGCUGCCAGAUGCAGGGGAGACGACGUUGGGCCGGAGAUCGACCUGUUCCAUUGUUUGCGCAGAUGAAACGGUAAGUGGCCUUCACUGCACCAUUUUCAGCUUGGGUCCUGAUGAUUUCGAGUUGGAGGACGCCAGCAGAAAUGGCACCUACUGGAACAAUGCGCGGUUGCUCAAGGCCUCAGAAGAUUGGGACGUGCAGAUUUGCCGCAAUUUGCCACAGUUUGAGGAUAACAUCCGUUUUGUGUAG